CCAGCUGCUGCAGACCGAAAACUGGCAAUAAGGGAAGAUCGCGAGGACAAGCCAAAAUUGCUUACUGUAUUCAUUCUGCUUCAAAAAUCCCACCCGUGGCCCCUCACCGAAGCCCGGGCGACGGCGGCGGCCGCUUGUUGCGCUGUGUGCGGGCUUUGAGGCUGUCGACGGCUCGGAGCGCAAGAGGUAUUCCCAGCCUCCACUUUUUGUUUUCGUCUGCUGCCCACGGCGUGUGCGCGGACCUCUGCAUGCAUUCGCUGGCCUACAUCCGAGCGAAUGGAUUCAGAUGUUGCGGAGCAGACCGCGAUCGGAGCACAAAGACAAACUAGCUCAUAUUGCUUUGUUUUUAAGAAGAUCAUAUUGACUGGCUGAGCUCCCACCUGAGGCAUGUUUUGCUAGAGAAACACCUAUGCAGGUGGAAUCUACACUAAUGAAUGUAGGGGAUGGAGGCCCGGUGAGCAGAGAGAUCAGUGCUCUGACUAAAGCAUCCACUAGUAUGGUGGGAAAUCCCCCGCAGACGCUAACCCCUGAGUUUAGAGGAGAUGCGAACCUCAGUCAGCAAAACAAGACCACUCCAACGAAAGACUGUAAGGCCUUAAAAGCCUGUCUGGACUCUAGCAACUGCAACCAUAUUCCGGAAAAUCCUCUGCCUCAACAGCCUAAUAAUGCACCAAUGUCCAGCCCGGUUCUGGCCAGCUCAGAGAAGGGAACAGGCAAACAGACAGACACCCCAAAAGUCAGAGCUGAUGGGUCUGGCGUCUUCCCCACUCCCCAGUGGUCAAGUGGUGUAAAAGCCGGCCGGGAGGACGCUCUCAAUCCGUGUCACAGCAAUGUGACAUCUAGUAAAAAAUCACACCCACAAACGCAGUCUCUGCAAAGUCUCGCUCCAGGGUUUCAGUGCUCUGCCAUGUUCAAACCAGCCCAGCCCGUUGCCUUUAUCCCCUCCUCUAACUUCUCCCCUCAGCUUUGUAAAAUCACUCUUCCACCAGCGUUGGGUCAAAUCGCAGCAUUGAGAGAUGCCACAAGCAGUCAGUUUCAAAAAGAAAUUCAGCCUCAGGGCUCAGGUGUCGGAGGCAAAUCUCUCCUGCGGACUUACCCCUACUCAUUGUCCGUGGGCCGAGCUCCAGACAAAAAAGCAGCUGGAUCAAACCUGAAACUCAAACCCAACCACUCGUCAAGCAAGACUACCAAAUCUCUAGGAGAGCAUAAAUCUUUAGCCUCUGUGGUUUGCUCACCAGCUAUUACACUACCAUUGCAGCAUCCGUCAUUAACUUCAGCAGCAGCCACUCACUACACCUUGUCUCCGACCGCUGCCAUCUGCUGCGGCUCCGCAUUGGCCGGCAUAACUUCCCAAAGUCGGCUCCUGAACCAUCUGGAAAAAGCCAACAGCAUAGACAAGACAGCCAUGGGUGCUCUUAAUGCAAUGGCCCCCUCUGCUACAGAAAACCACUCUGCUUGCUCCAACGAACAAAGAGAUGUACCUCUCGAUUUGUCCGCUAAAUCAAAACGUCCGAAAUGCAUAGGCGACGCACCAGUUUCUGCGAUCGAGCCUCAUGGUGAGUCCAUUCCGAGAGACUUUCUGAACGCAAAGAGGACUCAUUCUACAGCUUACUGCUCAAACACACAGUAUCCAGUUUUACCGAACUCCCACAGGAAUGGAUCGCAUCAAAAGCAGUUGAGUCGGACUCAGAAUCACCAGAUUACGGAGUCCAAACCGACGUGGGGGAAGGGAUCUGCACAGGAGUCCAUUAAAAGUAUCCCUGGUACAUAUGUAGGUGUGGCGAGCCCCAUACUGGCUUCCACCCUAAGAGGCAAAGAUGGAAAGGGGACCUUUGCUGAUGAAUUACAGAGCUUUGCAAAACAAGAGUUUAUAUCUAUUAUUGACCAAGGAGAACAUCUGGCAUCAGGAGGGAAAAAGCCAUCCUGUCUGGUGAAGGGGAACCAACACGCUCAAAGCGGGAAGUAUGUUAAAAACACUGGCACGGCCUUAUCCAAGAACUGUCCCACUAAAGGAGCUCUGUCGGCCGCCCUGUUGAGCUCCGCCAACGCUGGAAGUCAAGAGAAAUGUGGCCCCAACAAAGCAGCCGGGCCGUACUCUGCUGCUGCUGUCAGUCCAACCUGGCAGCCGCCGGCCCUCCUUCCUCACAAACCCGCUCCUCUUCAGAGAAAACCCCCCCAAGGAUCAACAAAGACAAAAGGCACCGCCGUCGCAGAGGGGUCCAAGUUCAAGAGCCCGUCCAAACCUGAGGAGAACAAAUGGGAGAGAAUGAAGUCUCCCCUGUCCAACCUGGCUUCCAUUGUUAAGCAACAAGGUCUUGAAACGACAGCUCACACAAAUGAGGGGAGCACUCAAGCAUCACCUGGCACAUUGAGAAAAUCCGAUGUUCUGAAUCCACUCAGUGAGAGCAAAGACGUCCAAUCUAAGCAUGGUACUACUUUCGAAUACCCCCCUUACAGGCCUGUGGAGAAAUGGCCGUCUCAAGGAGAAUCCACUCAAGUUACAAACAGGCACGAGAUGUUGAAUGCUGCUGAACUUUCAGAAAAUAACACCGCCGUUCACAGCACUAGAGGCGAGCACGCAAAGCAGGGCUCCUCCAACCCCACUGGUCAGACUCAUCUGUUUGGGAGCAAUGCAUCAACAAAUGGGGGCAGGAUGGAGAGCAAACUGGCCCAGGUGUUAGAAGGGGAGAUAUCAAGGAAAGAAAGUGGGACAUCAAACGGUGCUGCGGGUGAAAAAUUGGAGGGCAUGGUUGCAUCCAUCCUUACAGGCCAGCGUAGAGGUGGGAGUGACGCGUUGAAGAAAACAGCAAACGGUACCAAAGAGGAGUCGCCGACCAAAGCAAAAGCAGCUGCUAUCAAACAAAAGAAGAGCAGUCCUAAGAAACCAGCGAAGGAGAAGCCAGCAUCAGAACCAGUAAAGAAGGCUGCAGGGAAGAGAAAGCAGGACAAAGAGAAGACACCAGUGAAAGUUUCUGUGAAUAAAAAGCAGAAGAAACAAUCUGCACCUGCACUGGAGCAGAAUCUGUCGAAAGGAGGGCUUUCCCCUCAGAGUACAGAGCCGAAUCCAAAGGACAAGAUCAGUUUCAAUGAGGCUGAGCAAGCAGCGCGGAACAAAACAGAUAAAAGCAAUCCUCUCGGUGUAGACGCCUCGGUGUCUCCCAAAAACUCCACCGCGUCCAACAAAGAACCAGAAGCGACAGAAUCCUCCUUCCCACGACUGAGGAGAGGACAGCGACGGGCCGACGAUGCUCGACUUGACCUCUGGGGGUUUGCAACGCCGUCCCCUCCGCCUCCGCUGCCCAAAGAUGUGUCUCCAUCGCCGCCUUCGACGCCCAGCCAGCCGGCUCGCCGUCCAAGAGGCAGGCCCCGAUCGAACGCGUUGCCUGAACGAGCAUUUGAGGGGAAGGUCAGAACGGCCGGCGUCGAGGCUGACACGCCCCCACACAAGAAACGUCGACGAUGUUCCAGUAAGAAGUAUGAGACUGGGGAAUACAUCACUGACAAGGACAAGCUGGAGGAGGGCGAGCACCUGGGAGACGCUCUGAGGCAGGACGCCGAAACUCCAGCAGAUGCGCAGAGGGAUCGGUGUCCGAGUCCAGCUGCCCCCAGCCCAGAGCCCCCUCCCCCACCCAAACCCUCAUACACUCGCUCCGGAUCCGUCCGCUACCAGGAGAGCGAGGAGUCUGAGUGCAGCAACAAGCCUUCUGGAAAAAGGAAGUUCAAAAGCAAACACCUCAGUGACAGUGAUGAGCCCAAGAGUAAGACCAAGCGCAGCAGCUCAGGGAAACGCGGCUCCUCCCUCCCGCUGGACGAUGAUAGCGCUGAUGCAAAAUCACAACCCACGCCUCUGCCAACUCCAAAAAGUUUGCCAUCUUCUCCGACCGUCAAGAAAAGCUCCUCAGGAAGAAGCAGCGGUUCUGACUCGUCUCCUAAGAGGCCGGUUCCUCCUGAGGUCCGCCGACUCAUCGUGAAUAAAAACGCUGGAGAAACUCUGCUGCAGCGCGCCGCACGCCUCGGCUACCAGGACGUGGUCCAGUACUGUCUGGACAAGGACAUCAGGGAGGUGAAUCGGCGGGACAACGCAGGCUACACGGCUCUUCAUGAGGCGUCCUCACGAGGUUGGACUCAGAUCGUCCAGAUCCUCCUGAAACACGGAGCCGACGUAAACUGCAGCGCUCAGGAUGGAACGAGGCCACUUCAUGAUGCAGUAGCCAGUGACAACUUGCCAAUAGUUUGGCUUCUGCUGAACCACGGAGCCGACCCGACGCUGGCGACUUAUUCUGGCCACACGCCGGUCAAACUGGCGCACAGUCAGAGCAUGAAGACCUUCCUCACAGAGUAUUGUUCUGACCUGGAAGGCCGCGGUGAAAAGGAUUCCAGUUUACCCUGGGAUUUCUACAGCAGCUCGCUGUUCGAAACGGACCAGGAGCCGUGCUGGGACUUCCUACUGUCUGAGGAGAACCAGGAGCCGGAGGAGGAGAACGGAGACGUGAAGCCGGAGAGGGACUCAGACAAAGACUGUCUCGUGUUUGAGUUCUCGUCUGAGCCGCUUUUACCCUGCUACCAUGUUCAGGUUUCACUGACACAGGGUUUCUGUAACUGGUUCCUGCUGACGGACGUCCUGAAGCGGCUGAAGAUGUCGGCGCGGAUCUUCCGGGCCCGUUACCCGCACUUUGAGGUCGUGAGUUUGUCCCAAGCCGAGCUCUGGAGGCAGGUCUCCGUCAGCCAGGUCGGCUUCCCCCGGAAACGCGGCGGCGGCGGUGAUGAUGAGGAGGAGGAGGAGGACGAAGAGGGCCCGGUGGAGCUGGUGUGCUGCGUGCCGGAGCUGCAGAGACUGCUGGGCUCGUCCGUUCACAUCUUACCGGAGGAAGACGAGGAAGAGGAGGAGACGCCGCCGCCCACAGCCAAGUGUCGGAGCCGAUAGCCCCCCCGUCCGCCCCGCGUUUCCAUGGAGACAGCAGGAAGCCUCUCCGUCCGGCGGGACUGACCCCCGCGACAACCCUGACCCUUGACCUUUGACCUCACACACAGGAGUGGUCAAUGCAGGAAAGCAGCUUUCAGGUUCUUAUCUUUAGGUAUAUUUGAAUACACAAGAAACUUUUUUACUGAUCCGUGUGUACAUGGUUGUGUAAAUGUAUAUCAGGGUGAACAUAUUUGGUUACAUAAAUGAGUUGCCGUGGCGACGAGCCGGCUAAUUUUUCCGGUCUUUCAGUUUAGCGUUUAGGAGACGACCCGAGACUUUUAUUUUGAAGGACUCAAGGGAGAGAAGAAACCGUGGCACAUAGUGAGACACAUUUCCGCUUCGCUCCACUCGGUCACCAUCAUGGACAGACAGAACGUCAUGAAUUGAACGACAUCAUGAACAGACAGAACGUCAUGAAUUGAACGACAUCAUGAACAGACAGAACGUCAUGAAUUGAACGACAUCAUCGAACGACAUCAUCGAACGACAUCAUGAACCGCCACGUUGAGAGUUUGUUUACAGAACCAGGCAGACGUUCUCCAUUCAUCAUGAACUUUUACAGAACCAUGGAGGUCCAGAGACGCCCGCCCGACAGACUGCAGCCAUGACCCGACCCGACCGGACCCGACCCAAACCCCCCACAGUGUUUCCAGAUCCCAGAGUUCUUUGUGUUGGAGCUCCACUGUUUGUUGUGCUUAAUUUAAUAGUCAUUAAUAUAUUUGAACUGUUGUGUAUCUGAGCAGCCGGUGUGUGAGGAGAGGCCCUCCAUGGUUGGUGCUUCGUUCUGAAAUGUUCUCACUAAGGAUCCCUUUACUCUGAGAUUACUCUCCCUCCUUCAGAACCAGUGUUUCAGAAACAGCUAAAGUACAGUUUUAUUGUACUGGUGCUAAAAAUAGAGUUUUGUGUUGACAAUCAACGAAGUUUCUUUCUUUCUUUUCUUUCUUUCUUUUUUUUUGCUUUGACGUCACAAACUAAUAAAAGAUAUUUAAGGUGUAAAGAAAAGUUUAGUUUAGCUGAGGGGAAAUGGGACGCAGCUAGACUGAAGGAGGUCCUGGAAGAGGAUUUUAUUUGAUUCUUUUUUAAGAAAUCAAGCAGAAUAAAGCAUGAUUGUGAAUCAUA